AAAGCAGUGCUACAGCCACAGCUCAUUUGCUGGUACUGCUGGAUUCCACGGGAUCAGAAUGUCCCAGCAAAAAUGCAUUGUGAUCUUUGCAUUGGUUUGCUGCUUUGCAAUUCUGGUUGCACUGAUAUUUUCGGCUGUGGAUAUUGUGGGAGAAGAUGAGGAUGGACUCUCAGAAAAGAACUGUCAAAAUAACUGUCGAGUUGCUCUUGUGGAAAAUAUUCCUGAAGGUAUAAACUAUUCAGAUAGUGCACCUUCUUAUUUGUCCCUUUUCCAAGGCUGGAUGAAUUUGCUUAAUAUGGCUAAAAAAUCUGUUGACAUAGUUUCUUCCCAGUGGGACCUCAGUCACAGUCAUCCAUCAGCCUGCCAGGGACAACAUCUUUUUGAAAAAUUGCAAGAUCUGUUGUCUCAAAAUGUUGAGAUCAAAUUAGUAAGUGAUAUUCUUCACAAGGAUUCCAAGUUAUUGAACGACUUGGGGAAAAAGGGUGCAGAAGUGAUGUAUAUAAAUUUGACUGCUUACAAUGAUGGACAUUUGCAGUCCUCAUUCUGGAUUGUGGACAAACAGCAUGUAUACCUUGGAAGUGCAAGUUUAGAGUGGAGUUCACUGGGACAGAUGAAAGAACUGGGUGUCAUCGUGUAUAAUUGCAGUUGUUUGGUGUUAGAUUUACAACGGACAUUUGCAUUGUACAGUUCUCUGAAAUCCAAGAGCAAAGUACCUCCCGUUUGGUCUAAGAGACUGUAUGCAGUUUAUGGCACUGAAAAUAAACUGAUCCUCAAAUUGAAUGAAACCAAAUCGCAAGUCUUUGUCUCGAAUUCUCCCAAGCUACUUUGCCCUAAAGACAGAGUUUUAGAUAUUGAUGCUAUCUAUAGUGUUAUUGAUGAUGCUCAACAGUUUGUUUAUAUUGCUGUUAUGGACUACUUGCCUAUCACCAAUGUCACAAAUGAGCCAAGGUACUGGCCAUACUUGGAUGGAAAGAUAAGAGAAGCACUGAUUUUGCGCAAUAUUAAAGUACGACUCCUCAUAAGUUUCUCAAAAGAAACAAAUCCACUCACAUUUAACUUUGUUUCAUCUCUUAAAGCAAUUUGCACUGAAGUUUCUGGCUGUAGUUUAAAAGUUAAAUUUUUUGAUCUAGAAGAAGAAAAUGCUUGUUUUUUAAAAGAACAGAAAAACUCUUCUGCUCUCAAGCUAAAUCGCAACAAGUAUGUGGUAACUGACAGAGCUGCUUAUAUUGGUAAUUUUGACUGGGUCGGAACCUAUUUUAAUCAGAAUGCUGGAGCUGGUCUUGUCAUCAACCAGGAUGGUGCAGGGAACAAAACCAGCAUAAUCAAGCAACUUAAAGCUGUUUUUGACAGGGAUUGGUAUUCUCAUUAUGCUAAAAGUUCAGCAACAAAAAUUCCGAACUGUUCCAGCUACAAACAAAACAGAAUAGCAACCAAUAAGACUGCCAUAGGCAAUGUAAACUGAAACCUCUUUUACUGUUCUGUACAACUAAUGGGAAAAUAGAAUGGGACUGAUACUGAUCCUCCCUUUCAUAUCUAUGGACUAUAGACUUUUUAAAAAAGCAAAAAAAUUUAUAGGAAAAAGCACACUUAUAUAAAUUGUUCUUUAAAUUAUAUUCUCUAUACUGUAUUAUUUACAAAUGUUAGAUUUGUUACUGCUGACACUGAAUGUCAUUUCUGUUUUAUUAUUGGUUUGAACGUAUCACAUUUAAAUUUAAAAGCAUGCUGAUUCUUCAGUUUUAAGGUUAUUCCUACCUCUUUUCUCUGAUUAACAUAAACCAAACAUAAACAAAGCAAGUUUUAUUACUGAAUAACAUUCUUAGAUCAGUUUAUAGUAAAGAGCAGAUUUUAUCCAAACAAAAAGUCACAGGUAUAAGCAAGCUAUUUAUAUAUAAACAAUCCCCAAUAUACAAUCAUCAGAACAGUUUUAAGUGUGCAUUUACCGCAAUAUGCCUGGUCCAAAUGUAUUUUAAUCAUUCAUUAUUUUCUUGUCCUGCUCAAGCCAUAAAGCAAAAGGCAUAACUGAAUCAAACUUAGCUUUUAUGCCUAUGAUACACUAGCCUGAUUAACUUUGAUUUUGCAUAUUUCAUUAAGAAUAUCUUGCUUUCUGCACUGUAAGAUUUUCCAAAUAUUUCAUUUCUUUUUACUUGGGUCAACAAUAGCUUGUAUGUAACUUGAUUGUCCUCAAAAGUAACAUACAGGCAAUUUGAGGAAAUGCUCAUUAUUACAAAACACUAAAAAGGUCAAAUUGUUUCUGUAGAAUUGACCAUAAGGUUUGUUCCACCAAUGUUAUUUAUUCAUGGUGUUAAUGAAAUAGACCCAUGCAAGGAGGUUUCCACAGGGCUUAACAGAGCUUCUUUUCUGACCUCGCCCUUUCCCUACACAGGCAGCACAACAGAAACAUUAGAGAAUCGAGCACUUGUGCAUGUCUCCCAUUGCCCUUGAAAUAUAAGCAAUUUGCAAGGCAUGAGACAGAGGGCUUGAUGGGGAUAUAGGAAGCAUACACAGCUUCCUCUAAUGUGCCCUUGGGAUGCCUGUGCAUGUGGCCACGGGCAAACAUAGGUGGCUGGAAGAGCAAGCAGGGCUCUGGUGAGCCCUUUCAGAACCCUCUCCAGGUAGGUGCUGCAUGCUUGGUGCAAAUGGAUAUGCCCAUGAUGUUUAGAUACAUAACUGAAAGGUCACCUUCUUCAAAGCUUUUAAUGGGAUAUUGUAAAAGUCCUUUGGUACACUAAGAUGAUUUUGUCUACCACUGUUGCAGGGACACCAGAUUAUACUGGCAGAACAGGGCUCCAGGCUCAUCCAUAAAAGCAGUGACUCCAUUGUGAGGUGUUCCAUUGUUUAAGUUCUUUUCUGUUUACUUGGAAACAGAUCCUAUUGAUUUUAGCUAAGCUUUCUUUCAAUUAAGUGUUUGUAAGCUCACAUGUUUAAGCACCAUAGUUGUUUAGUUUAAUUAUUUCUCUUACCAUUUCUGCAACCACAAUACAUUAAUUCUAUAUUUCUCCUUAAACAACAACAGAUUUCUUUCCUAAAAUCAAUGCUGAAGAUACCAUCCGUAAGUAAUGGGUUUUGAACAUGUCAGAAUUUGACUAGUCGAAUUUCUGAUUCUGCUCUUAAGAAUCUGAUUUAAUUUUGCAAUGAUUAUUAGUUCACUGAAUUUUAUAUGCCACCCUCUUCCCUCUUGUGAGGAACCUAACAAACUUUCAGAUCCCCAUUGUGUGGGUAAGGUGGAAAAUAACAAAAAUUAUAAGCAAUAAACAAUAUUUAUCCAGUACUGAAAUAAUUCACAGUGUAGAUGCAGGCCUGUGAUAAUUUUAAAAUAAUUUCUCAACAGAUUCCCACUGCAAGUACAGGACCAAACUAACCUAUCGGUUUGCUUGUUUAUAGCAGGGUACAGAAACUGUCCUGUGGGUCCAGACUGCCUUGUGGGAUACCCCAACCCAACCCACACAGCCCCUUGGGUUCCUUCAGGAGCCUCCCCCUGCACUUAUUUCUGAACUGAGAUUGAAGGGAAAAAUGGGAUACCUCCACCCUGAGCACCUUGGGGAGGAGGUGUGGUGGGACUCACCCAUGUCAGAAAUGGCCGCUCUCCUACACAUAGGAGAACCCUCUUCUGCUUAGUCCUUUGUAGCAUUUGAUCCCAUCCUUUGGUGAAGAGUCUCCGAGAGCCCCUUGCAAGGAGAAGGAAAAAAGAAAGCCACUGCUGUAAGAGUUCCACCAAGUGGCAGAGGGCCAGGGAACACACAGCCCCCUUUUGCUGCGGUUCUGGGACAAUGUUGCAUGACUGUGCCCUGAUGCUGGUCCAACAUGUGCUUCAAUAUCCACUGAGGUUGAUGUGAUUGUUGGAACGGUUGUGACGGCUCUUAAGCGCUCCAGGCAGGAUCCAUCAGCAGGUCUGAAGAGUCCUAGGCAACCAUUUAUUUUACAUCUUUUUCAGAAAACAAAAUUGUUUUCUUGAACUUCAAACAAAAUUGUAGGUUUAAGAAAAGGGAAUUAAUAUUUUUGAAUAGAUUUAAAAAGAAUGAUUUUCAAAAGUCCAGACAUUUGUAUUUUCUAUCUAUAAUUUUAAAGCUAUCCUUUGGUUUUGAUUUUUUUAAAACAAAACUUUUAAUGUCUCUUCAAAAGAAAGGCUGAAAAGCAUUUAAAGAAUCAAUAUACAAUUAUGUUUCUUAAAGGCAAUGAAGAAUCCUUCAAGGCCUUCAGCUGCAAUAAAAAAUUGCUUUUGUUCUAGCCCAGUAAAAUGUGUUGAGCCAGGGAAAAGAACAUGCUUCUGAUGGGGAGCACAGACUGCUGGGUUAGCUGAAUGUCACAAAAAGAAAUGUGGCAGCAACACAGAAUUGUUACAGCAAUUCUGCAAGCAGAUGUACUAAGCAAAUGCAAAAACUAUCAAAUCUAACAGCAAUCCUGUUCAUAUCUAAUCAGAUGUAAACCCUCUUAUGGUCAUUGGAGAUUACUCCCACGUACUUUUGUUCAAAAUUGUACUGUGCAUGUUUCUUCUAUAACUGAUUUCCUUCCAUAACAAAGGGCCAGUUUGGAUGUCACAAUGAAUAACAAGCCAUGGUUUAUGACUGUGGGCUGUUUGGGGAGAAACAAGCCAAAAUUUCUAAUUCAUAUGAUAUAAUAAACAAACAAGGGAUGGGGAGCCAAUGGUUUGUUGCCUGCCCUAAACUUGAGUCAUUGACUCAAUCUUAAUAAUGCGGUUUCUCCAAAGCUUAUGUGUCAUCUAAACCAAGCCAUCUUGGCAAUUAUUUUAGUUUAAAAUAUUUAAGUAACAGCUGGUCUAAAAGUAGAUUUUUAAGCAAUAGCUGCAGAAUCGCUUUGAGUCAAUAAAGCCUGUGAUUCUGAGCUACUAAUAUAAAAGAUUUCUGUAAAUAAGGGCAGGCUUCAACAACAGUCUUUCAAAAGAAUUUUAAAAGAAACAGAAAACAAUGGUCUUUCUUAUCAGGGAUGCUACAAAUGCCUUUUUGUCUCUGAUGUGACAAAAACUCUGACAAAUACCAAUAGUUGCUUAUUACAUUUUUACUUGACCCUUCCUAUAGGGUACUCAGGCAGACACACACCCCCCCUUACACAUACACACACAGUUUUAUGCUAAGAGACAAUGCGUAGCCCAGGGUCACCCAACGGCAUUCAUAACUGAGCAGGAACUGAAACCUGAGUCACACUGGUUCUAAUUCUCCACUACACCAGUAUUCCCUAACCCCAAUUUUUUGGAUGGAAGCUCCCAUCAUUCCUAACCAGUGGCCAUGCUGAUUGGGACUGACAGUAGCUAAAGUCCAGAGGACACCAUGUUGGGGAAAACUGUCCCAUACAAUACUGGCUUCCAGAUCAUGUAUGUGAAUAUCGAUUAACUUAUCAACAGUGGGCUUCUUCCUCAGUUGAUCAACUAACACCCUAAGCUUUCCCCUUGAAAGUAUGGUCACUCUUGCCAGGUACAGCUGUAACAUUUCAAAGCAUGGAAUAGCAUGAGGCAUUGACCUAAUGUAGCAUUAACUGUUAAGAAAAUCAGAGCCUACACAUUGGAACAUCAAUGACCAGUUACCGUUACUAUAACUGCAUUCUUUAUAGAGAAGAAAAAAAGCAGCAUUGUAUUUCAUCGAAUAAUAAAAUAUUUCACUUUUCCUUUAUAAUGGCAGCUAGUUAUACUUUUUCUGUUAUACCACCUGGAUGAUUUGGGAGCACCUCCUGAGGAGUAAGCACCAUUGAAUGCUGUGGAACAUACUUUGGAGUAAACAGACAUAGAAUUGCAGUGUUUGAUGCAGUUGUUUUAGCUGCUCCUGGCCAGGCAAUUUUUUUUUUUCCGAUUUAUAUCCUGCCUUUUUCCUACAAAGGGCUCAAGGCAGCUUACAUCAUUCUCCUCCUGCAUCUUAUCCCCACAACAACAUCCCUGUGAGGUAGGUUGGGCUGAGAGUCUGUGACUGGCCCAAAGUCACCCAGUUGGCUCCAUGGCCAAGCGGGGACUAGAACCCAGGUCGUCUGAGUCCCAGUCCCAUGCUCUUAACCACUACACCACACUGGCUCUCCAGUUCAGUGUGGCAACAGUUUUUAGGUUUGCCAUGUGGUAUGUACAUCUUCAAUAGCAUUCUAAAUAGCUUGUUUAGUAAGGAGAAGAAAUAAGAUUCAGCAGGUUUGCACUUGGUUAGCAACCCAUCCUGGAAAAGAGCCACUGUGCGUUGGUUGUUGUGCAGGCAGCCUGCAUGCACACAACAAACGACUGGGCUCACUGUAGGGUCUUCUUCCUCUCCUUACCUCUUGGCCCUCCAGGCAAAAUCCCAGAGGAUUUGGUGGCUGAAGCCUCCUUGUCUCCUCUGCCUGCUAUAAGCAUGAGCCCUUUCUGGCUCACCGUGGCUUUUCUCCCCUCUAGCUUUAUUUUUCCAGGGGUCAUGAACAACAGUAUCCAAACUGAGAGCCGGUGACAGCCCUUUCAGAGUGCCCACGCAGCUCAUUGAAGGGGCUGCCCCUGGAUGCCCAUCUUCCCUUUGUUGGCUUGCACCAUUUUCACCAUUGCACUCCAAAUGUGCACACUUUUUCAUAAUGUUCAGAUUAUUGUCAUUAUUUUAGUCAGGCUGCACAACUGUGGAGCUGCACCAUUCUGUGGCUCCAAAAUGGGAAGCCUUGCCUGGGCAGUGUCCUGGGGGGCACCUUCUGUCAAAGGGCUGCAAGGAUCAACCCUGGCUGUUGACCCAGAGAGGCUCCAAAGAGGUUUGUUUUUUACUUUGCUUCCCCCGAAAGCCGUGGAAAGGUGUGCUGUCGAGUCAAAGCAAAGCUGAUAGAGAUCUUUGCUCACAAAGGGGGUACGUGCCUUUUCCCCCACUUUGCAGCAACUUCAGAAGUUAACGAGGGAAGUGAAAAUAUAAUUUUCAAGGCAACUUGUAAAGUAACUUAAGAGUACAUGCUAUAAACAGAACUGGCUCACACUUAGUUUUCUAGCAUAUAUACUAGCUGCAUGAUAUGCCUUUAGAAUACUGCAAGAUUUUGCAUUUAUUAUCAUGCAGGCAGAAUACCAACAAUGCACUUUAACCAAAGCCUUCUAACUGCUGCAGAUAAUUCUGUCAUAUUGCAAAACUGAUUUUUGAAAAAUCAGCUUUUUUCAAAUAUAGGCUACUGCUUGCUAUAAAUGUUAAAUAGUGCCUUUUUCUAUACAUUUUAUUUUACAUGUUAUAUUCUGUAUUGGGAUUUUCUAAGCAUUAUAUCAUUAACUAACUAAAAAUGAAAAGAAUUGUCUAUUGAGGAUAGACUCAUCUUCUUCAAUAUACAAGACUAGAUUCACACACUAUUUUCAAAGAAAACUGACAAAAGUGAAAACAGAAAAAUUUGAAGUCCAAACUUUUUUACAGAUUGACAGUUGUUCUUUCAGCCCAAUUCCAAAUCCAGGUAUGUGCAAUCCGAGGUCAAGAAAGCUCUUUUUCUAGAUGUAAAUGUAACCAAUAUUAUAAUAAUUUCAUGGCAGUUUGUUCUAAGUUCUUAUUUUUAUGAAGUAUGAAUUUGAGUUUACUUUGUGACAAGGAUUACAGAAGCCAAAAUUGCUUGCACUUCUGAAUCUUUACUAAAAAUAAAAUAUCAGAUGUACUGAUAUAAGGAUCUUUCCUGUAGGCAGAUAUGCAUUGCUCAGCAUUUGCUGCAGGAGAAUAGAGAACUGUCAGUGAGACCCAUGUAUCAGGAUAGAUCAUGAAUACUCUCUUUCUUCAUAUGCCUCUAGAAUGUGGUCAAAUGCUCUAUUUUCUUUCUCCUAAUUAAAUAGUGCUUCCUACUGCA